GAGCUGAAGAGUUUUGGUUCAUUGGCAUUUUGAGUUAGAGUUAGCGCUGAACCAUCAGGAUGCUGGGAGCCAGAGAUCUACUCUUCAUCACCAUCAGUCAAAAUGUCUCUUUUAUGGGAAAGACCUGGUGGAUGCUGAUGCUGGUUUUACGUCUUCCAGCCGUCCUUCUGGCCGGUUUCACGCUCUUCAGUGACGAACAGGAGACAUUUGUCUGCAACACCAUCCAGCCGGGCUGCUCCAACGUGUGUUUCGAUGCGUUUGCUCCGGUGUGCAUCUUCCGUCUGUGGCUCUUCCACCUCAUGUUCCUCUGUCUUCCCCAUGUGUUGUUUGCAACCUACGUCAUGCAUAAAGUUUGGUCAAACCCCCAUUUUGGAGGUUUCUACUGCAACAGGAAGAGGGGAGGUUCACCUUUUACUCUCGAGAACUCCUCGAGAGAAGUUUCCUUGCACAAAGCUCCACUUCACGGCCUGCCACAUGAAGUUGGAGCGCCGCGUUUCUACUGCACCUACUUCCUGGUUGUUAUUCUACGGAUCCUUCUAGAAAUGGUUUUCGGUGCAGGCCAGUUUCUUCUCUUCGGUCUGUCUGUUCCUAAGAGGUUCCUCUGUUAUGAGACUCCCUGCAACUCUGGGGUUGAGUGCUACAUCUCCAAACCUACGGAGAAGACUUUAAUGCUGAACUUCAUGCUGGGUGUUGCCUCCUUGUCCAUUCUGCUAAGUUUGGUUGAUCUGAUGAGCUCCACGAAGGCCAUGGUGAGAUGGAGAAGGCACAGGGAGAUGAUGAUGGACGAGAUGAGUAAAGGAGAGCAAAGCAGUGUGUUCACAACAACAUCUACAACUGAAGACAGCGAUGUUGUUAUAACCAGGAAAACCAGUCGCUGUGAAAGCUCAAAGAACGGUUUUAAAGAUGAAAGACAUGCGGUGCCAAAUGGCGAACGGGAUGGAACCGCUAAUGACAAGAGUCCAGAGAACAAAGAGGGUGAGAUUGAGACGAGCCCUCCAACUCACUUUGUCCUCCACAGCCAACUGAGACCUCCACAGUCCCCUCGUCCUGAGAGAGGACCACCAACAAACUCCAGGAUGCUAACACCUGUGGCCGUCAGAAAGCAGGUCACUCCAGUUAAGGAAAACUCCGGACAACAGUCUGAUAGCAGCGACAAUCAGGACAAGAGGGCAUGGGUGUAAAUGACUGGGUGGCCUUUUAUUAAUGUCAUUGGAAAGAAUGCUGCGUCUACAGAUGUCUUUGAUUCAACCAUUUUAAGCAUGAAUGUUUUAGAAGGAGUUGUUUGGUGUCAUGGUGUUGGUAAUAGUGACAAACCUACGGAGAAAAAGCCACCAUUGUUCAAAAAAAGUCAGCUUCAUUAAACCCACUCUAAGCCUAACUCCAAAUGGCAGACAAACAACAUCUAUUAAGUAGGGUGAAAGGUAAGCUCGCAAGAUUUUAAAAAGGGCACGUUAGCAAGGUAAAGGCGUGUGGCGCAGUGGCUGUGCGUUGGUGUUCGGAUCAGGGGAGCACAGGUUCAAACCCCACUGCAGUCAGCAUGUCGUUGUGUCCCUGGGACCCUUCACCCCAAAUUGCUCCUGUGGGGAUUGUCCACAGUUUUGAGUUUGUAAGUCGCUUUGGAUAAAAGCGUCUAACUAGUGAUGUGUCAUGUAAAGAGGAGUUGGUGGAAAUCAAACCUAAAAGCUGACCACAAAAUGAACUUCAUCUGGCAGCUAAAAAAUGUUGGCUCGUUGUUUUGGUUUGAAAAACGUCUAGACUCUUUACGUUUUUUUUAAUGUAAGCUCUCAUAAACCCACUGUAUGAAACCACUCCAGUACCAAAUUGCAUAACUACCAACAUCUAGCAAGCUACAUAUACGUCACCAGUAAGAAUGGCAAUGGUUUGCUAUUUGCCACACAUCUAAAGUGAUUACAAUUCAAAUGAAUAUUAAGAGUGAAGUCAAACUAUUUUCUUUAGUCUUCUCCAAAGCACCCAGAGGCCAAAAACUCACUUAGUGCAGAUUUCAUUUAAUUGAAUUUUACAACGUUCAUCUUAAUCUGAGUUUAGAUUCAAUGUCUUAAAGGUUAUUAAAGUAACUCAACAUGCAAGUGACAAUGUUUAACAUUUCAAAAAUAGAAAAACACAGUGUUGACACAUUACACAGGUAGACAACGGAUACACAAUCCACCACUCUCGUCUCGAUCUUCAAUGUUUUGGAGGUAUUUUAGAAGACAACAUUGAUGUGUCGUUUUUCUUGAUGCACUGG